UAUGGGGAAACAAGGAGAGAGAUUUUAGAUCGGAGAUGCGCCUGUUGCCCCGCUGCUUCUCCACCGUCACCCCGUCGACGCCAAAGCGGUCCUCAUAUGAAGAUCGAGCGGUAUUCCGGUAGUAGAUUCGCGGAGCUGCAACCCGGAAUCGGAUCAGCUCCUUUGGGAGCGGCUGUCCGCAACGGAGCCGCAGUUCGCAAUCAAAUCGGCUCGUUAAACGAGCUGCCAUCCGAUUUAAACCCUCUUUGGGUUUAGAUUUUACAAGGAGUUCAAAUCCGUCUCGAUUUCAUCUCCGACUUGGCGCCAACCGCCGCUAUAAAUAUCCAAGAGUUGCCGUCAACCAAGGACACAUGGAUUCCUAGGAUAUCAGUUUUCACGAGCCAUCAAGUGCCCGAUUCCAGCCUCAGCAGAUCAACGCGGGAGCCAUGGGGGAAGCUGAUGAAAGGGCCUUGCAACAUGAUUGGCUCAGCAAUUUACCUGAUGACUUAUUACUCAACAUCAUAGAGCGACUUGAUGUUGCAGACGCCAUGAGAACCAGCAUCCUCGCCCGACGGUGGAAGCAGAUCCCAGCUAUGCUCUCCAAAAUUCUUAUAAUGGUUGGUUCCACUGACGACGUGCAAGAGAGGUCCUGUGAUGUUGCUCUGGCCAAUGCAACCGUGCUUGGAGCAAGCAGGAGCCUUCUGGAAAGCAGGAUUGCAAGUCCAUACACCAUCCACCGCUUGUGCAUGCAAUUCUUCUUGGGAAAUAAAUACAAAAAAAUUGCUCGAAUUGUUGCCAAAACCAUAAGAAACCACAAGGUUGGUUUUGCUGAGUUCACAAUGUUGACAGAGAAGGCAUAUGCAAGAAGCAGCCCUGCCGAUAGGUUCGCUUACGGGAGGCAGCUCAAGAAAUUUAUUCUUACUUGUCCGAAUGCAUGCUCUCAUCUCACACGACUCAAGCUAGAGAAUUUGAGGCUACUCGAACCAGAUUUGGCUUGCAUUCUCCUAGUGUGCAGACGACUGGAGUUCCUCCGCUUGGACAACUGUGACGUGGGGCAUCGGUCCUUGCUAGCAGUGGAACACCCGCGACUCCGCGAGCUCGAGAUUGUCAGGAGUGAGUUUGAGAGGGUUGAUCUGAACUUUCUACCAGAGCUCACAACGCUGACUUUUUCUUUUUGGCUGUCUCUGCAUGACCCGUUGUCUUUUGGUUAUGUCCCACUGCUCCACACCGUGAGCAUUAGUAAUACAGGUCGUUCAUUUCACAAGAUGCUCAAGUUAAGUGAAUUUCUUGGCAAAGCCACUAUAAGCAACCUGCAUCUGGGCUUUGAAAGAGAAAAGAUUUGGGUUAAACCUGAAGAUCCGAGAGAAUUGUCGCAGGUGUUCAGCAAACUAAGGCUUGUUAAUUUGGCUGCCAUUUCAGACGAAUGCAAUCUGACGUGGACCUUGUUUGUUCUACAAGGUGCACCUUCCCUCGAGGAGUUAUGCAUCAGGGUUUGUGAUUGUUUGGGGGUAUGGGAUGAGGAACAGAGGAAGAAGCUCGGGUAUAGCGAGGAGAGAAAGGACGCCGGUGCAAAAUGGGAAACAUGUGAUUUCAAGCACCACAAACUUGCCGUGCUCAGAAUCUGUGGGUUUCAAUCAGAAGUCAAGUUCUUGGAUUAUAUCACAACUGUCAUGAAAGCAGCAGUCAAUCUGAAGGACAUAUAUCUGCAUGAGAAGCCAGCAUGUGAGGAGAAGUGUGCAUACAGACGACAACAAGGUGACAGAUUUCCCAGGUCAACGAAGCAGAUGAUCUUGGUUUGGAACAGCUUGGAUGUGCAUCCGCUCUCGCUGUUAACGCUGCACUUCCCAUUUUAAGAAGAAAAUAGUGAAGUUUUGCUUCUGCUGGAUAACAAGGAAACAAGCGAGUUAUGAUCCUGAUUGACACUUAUUUGUGUUUAGCUAUGUUACCGUGUCUGCAUUUUGUCUAGGAAGACUGUUGUUUUGUAUCGCAGCAAGGAAGUGACUGCAUAUGUAUUGUAUUUUUAGUAGUACGUAGUUAAAAUUAAAACUCAGCACCAUUUUGUUCUACUGGAUAACAAUGAGUAGAAAAGAAAUUACUUGGCCCUUUUCAUGGUUUCAACUCAACCCAUUUUU